AUGUCUCGUCCAGUCAGCGGAACAUCCUAUACUAUGGGCCAGACUGUAUACCCUGAGUCCAACAUCCCUCAAGAAUGGACAGGUGUCUUUCCUGACAGGACACCCUUCACUAAGGUCUCUAACAAAAAGCCCCACUUCAUCUAUGUAUGGAAAACAUGGGGAAAAUAUUGGCAGGUGGCUGAUGGUCCUUCCUCUCUACUGACCAUUGAAACAGACAAUAUGCCUCUUGGUUCUUACACAAUGGAUAUAGUAAUUUAUCACUGCCGUGGCAAAGACAAGUUUGUUCCCCUUGGUUAUGCAUCUACCCAGUUCUCCAUCACUGACCAGAUUCCUUUUACAGUGACAUUAUCUCAGGUUGGUGACAUCAAUCAGGGUGACCAAAGCUUUAUCCAGAACAGAGCUGUGUCCUUUGGCAUUAAUUUGCAUGACCCUAUCCAUUAUCUCAGUGGGUCAGACAUCACCUUCAACUGGGAUUUUGGUGACAAUAGUGGAACUCUCAUUUCCCGGGAAACUACUGUUACCCACACAUACCUUACAACUGGUUCCUUCAGGCCACAGGUGGUUUUGAUGGCAACAAUCUCAACUGGUUGUCAGCUCAGUCCAACUCCAGCAGCCACUGUUGUACCUCCUGUUCCUGAAAAACUGCUCUUAGUGGUACCCAAGACCAAGACGGAAACGGUGAUGGAGCUGGCCCAUGCUUUUCCGAUGGCCGGCCACCUGGGAGGGGAAAAUACCGUACUGCGCAUUCGGGACCGGUUCCACUGGCCGGGAUUGGACGCAGAGGUAAAACGGUUCUGUCGCAGCUGUCCAAUGUGCCAGCGGACGUCCCCCCGUCGUCCUCCCCCCAGCCCGCUAAUACCACUGCCAGUCAUCGACGUGCCCUUCGAGCGGAUCGGGAUGGAUCUGGUGGGGCCACUGCCAAAGUCGGCCCGGGGUCACGAACACAUCCUGGUUGUCCUAGAUUACGCCACGCGCUACCCAGAAGCCAUCCCCCUGCGUGCAGCUAACGCAAGUAAAGCAGCUGAGAACGUCAGUCUACCACCCCCAAACAGACGGGCUCGUUGA